AUGGAAGAGGAUAACGCUAAGUUGUUACAAACCUAUAAACAUGACCUGGAAAUGUACAGCACACAACUAAAACAAAAAGUACUGGAAUGUAAGGAAGCACUUCAGCGUGGCUCUAACAUAGACAUUUUCGACACAGGAUGUGAGAUUCAUUCAUCUGUCACACUCCCCGUUAAACCUACCCUUGGUACCGUUAGCUUUACGCCGAACGGGAGUCCUCAGUGUCACUUGAAACAUGCUCUUGGAGAAAUGGACGUCUCGGAUCAAGGACAGGGUCAAUCCUUCAAAGGUCAUGAUCAGGCAGGUCAAAAAGGACAAUUCAUUCAACAACAGAGGUCAGGACCGAAUGUAAAGACGCCUUAUACACAACAGAGGUCAGCUGGAAGGAGAAAAGGUCCUCGGACGAAGAUAUUGGGAGAGUUGGAAUCUCCAUGUAAUAUCGAUUGUAUAUGCCCCGGCACUGAAGGACGCAUGUGGACCAGUGCACAUAACAGUGACACCUUGAUUCAACUGGACAAGCAGGGCAAAAUUGUACAGGAGGUCAAACACAACGCCAAGAUCAAGGACAUUAGUCUAUCACCAACAACCAACAUAUUGUGGGCAUGUGACGAGGAAAAAUACAUUACAGAGCUUGUUUCAGGCCGACUUGUACAAAGAUUCAAAAACACGGAAGAACCACAGUGCAUCUGCAUUACAGCCAGUAAGCAUGUCGUUUUAGGAGCGCCCAAACACAUCAAAAAAUUUACGGCAAACGGUGAAUUGGUACUCAGUACAAUGGCUGCGGGCAUUGGGAAGGCGUAUACACCACACAGAAUUUCAGAAUGUCCCGUCACUCAUAACAUCGCAGUGGUCAAUUUAAGUGAUGGAAAACACGUUGGUAAAAAUCAACAGGUUAUUGUUAUGGAUACUGACUUCAAGGAGCUCUUUCGAUAUGGAAGCGAAGACCUCGACACACAUCAACCAAAAGCGCAGUCAGAAGUAUUUGACCCCUGGAAUGUGGCGUAUGAUAGUGGAGGUCGCCUAGUUAUAGGAGACCGCAAAAACAAACGUGUUCUACUUAUUAGUGGGCGUGGUGAGUUCCUAAGGAACCUGCACAGAGAUGUCUACUGGACUACUGCUGUUGGUAUAGACAGAGAGGAUAUCCUAUGGGUGAUGUUUGGUAGCUGCAAUAUCAAACUACUGAAGUACAGUACGUAG